GAUCCAUUAUUAUUUUUCUGGUUCUUGCUUUCCUCCUGCCUCAUUGCCUGCUUAUUUGCUGCCUGCUAAAAACGCGGUAAUACGGUUCAUCUGAAUAAUUCAGUGGACGCGUCCACGAGACUAUAUAUUCACGAAAAAGAGACCGAUCUAAAACCGAGAACACUAGCCAAGACUCCGAACCCCGACGAAAUUUUGGGGGGAGGUAGAGAUGCAGGUCACCCAUUUCCCCAGAAUACAUUAUGAUUCACUCCUCCACCAUCAGCCAUGCCUACUCUCGAAGAAAAGCUAGCCUCUGCGUUAAACGCUCGUGAAAAGAGACAGAUUCGACGCAGGCUUUCGGACCCGAAGAGCGAUGAAGAUCUCGUCGACUUUCAUACAAAUGACUAUCUCUCAUUGUCGACUUCACCGGACCUCCGUGCUCGGUUUUUGAACAAGUUGCAUAGUGCGCCGAGUGUGUUGGGCUCUGGAGGAAGCAGACUCCUCGUGAACGGCGAAGCGCAUCAUGCUCUCGAAGCUCGUCUGGCCAAAUUCUUCAAUGCGCCUACCGCACUCUUGUUCAAUUCGGGGUUCGAUGCGAACGUCGGAUUCUUCUCAUGUAUACCGCAACCAGGCGAUGCUGUGGUGUACGAUGAGUACAUCCAUGCGUCAGUCCACGAUGGAUUCCGAUCUUCUCGAGUGAAAAACGGUAUCUUCGCUUUCGAGCACAACUCUCUCAAUGCUUUAGGCGAACUUCUUCUACUCCUAUUGAAGGAACAUCCAAGCUUGUGCUCUGGCGAACAGAGUUUAUUCCUUGCUGUAGAGUCUCUUUACAGCAUGGAUGGCACUCUCGCCCCAUUAACGCAGAUGGUCGAAAUGAUCGAGACCUUAUUCCCCAAAGGGAACGGAUACGUUGUAGUCGAUGAGGCACACGCAACAGGCGUAUAUGGUCCGCAGGGGAAAGGACUAGUGGCCCUACUAGGUCUUGAACGCAGAGUGCUCGCUCGUCUGCAUACUUUCGGCAAGGCCCUUGCUGGAUCUGGAGCUGUCGUCCUUACAAACACCCUUAUGCGAGAUUACAUGCUGAAUUACGCAAGAUCAUUAAUCUAUACGACCUCCCUCGGCUAUGCCAACGUCAUAUCUGUUGACUGCUCCUUCGACCUCCUCGAAGAUGGCACGGCCAAAAAGGUCUGCCAGUUUUUUUGUUGUACGAACUCUAUGCUCACUUCUCGUCAGCUUGCAACGCGGCUUCUAGACCUCUCCACUCACUUCCUUGAUACAUUACGCACACAGCUUGCAAUUUACUCUAUUCCAACACAUAUCCUUUCCCUACCACCUCACAUCACGACUCCACCGCCUGACUCUCCUACACUCUCCCCUUCGCUUUCGCACCUCCCGACGCCCAUCAUCCCCAUACUGACGUCCCAGCCACGGCCGCUCUCUGCGUAUUUGCGGGUGAAGGGUAUGAACGCACGCCCGAUUACAUGGCCAACUGUACCUAAAGGGAAGGAUCGGGUCAGAGUAUGCUUGCAUGCAGGGAAUACAAGUGAAGAGGUUGAGGGUCUUGCUUUAGCUAUGGUUCAAUGGGCUCGGGAACAGGUGAGAGGGAAUGAAAAAUCGGAAUCAACAACUGUACAGUCGAAGUUGUAAACUCGUAAGUAAGACAUACAGUACAGUAGUGUUAUUAAAAACAAAAUACCCUACGGAAACUCCGGUUGUACAAUCAGUGCCUGAUCCUUUUCCCAUCGUUCUGCUU